AUGUUGAAGGAACUAAACGAUGUAGAGAAGCAGAUAGGACUGCGAAUUAACUGGAAGAGGACUCAGUUUGCUGAAGAACGCUUUUUGCGAGGAUCAGGAAAUGGAAUUAGAAGGCUCUCCAAUCGUGAUGUCUUCUUACGUGUAUCUCGGACGUUCGAAAACAUGGAAAACGAUCUGAAAGAAGAACUAAACAGGAGGCGAAGAGCAGCUUGGGACGCCUUCGGCCCUAAAGAAAGCCACAGGCCAACUGACGGACCCAGAGCUCUGAACCCAGCUGUUCGAUUCAAGCGUUCUCCCUGCGCUCUGUUACCCAGCAGAGACAUGGCCUGA